UCUGUCAGCGGUACUGGCAACGUCCCGGUGCUGGGUGGCCUUACUCCCGGUCUCAAUUCCUCAUACGCCUCUCGUACCUCCUCUGCAAGUAGAAGCAAAGGAAUAGGUGCUGCAGGGGAACACUUGCGCAAUAAUUACAAUCCUGACUCGAGUAUGGACAACGGACCCAUGCUGUUUAACUAUUUACCGUCUCGUGGGCUUUCAGAACCGUCCACGCUUUCCGGCCUCGGAAACGCCAAUCAUCCCUUAAACGCCGAACCGUCGAGUUUGGUGCCUGGUCUGGGAAGUAACUCUAAAGGACAACUUUCCAUAAAUGCUCUUGUUGCGUCAGGGAAGUCUUCAAUGGGCGCUAACUCUGGAUUUUAUUCAGGAUCCAGCAGCCUUUCCUCGAGCAAUCUACUCAAUCCUGGAGUGUCUUCCCCCGGCCUUACGUUCGAUCCCUCCGAAUUUCCCCCAAUUGUUAGCUCUGUCAGCAGGUCACAAACGCAAACGUUUUCUGCAAACGCACCCCAUAGGAACUACGUCUUUGCGAUCUCCAAAGGGUCUAAUUCUUCCACAAAUAGUGGUACUAGCCAAAAUUCCUUCUCCGCUAGUAAUAUGCAGCCGCCUCCGGAGUUCUCUAUUGACCAGGACUUUCCUGCGCUUCCUGUGGCCCAGUCUACUUCGUCACCGUCGGCGACAUCCUCGACCACUCUUAACUCCACUGCAUUAUCGUCAAUCUCCAAUUCGAUUCCGACUGCGCCGUCCGCACAUACGGCACUUAAGAAUCAGAACACACAACGAAUACACCCUUCCUAUAGCGUUAGUUCCUCCCACACUGGUGCGACAUCUUGUGGAUCUUUGCAGUUACUUUCUGAUCAUGUAGUUGCCAACAUUCCGAAAAACAUGAUCUGUGACCAGUUCGGCAUGAUUGGACUCCUCAAGCUGAUCAAGAUACGGUGCCACGACGGAACUUUUAAUAUGUUGGCUCCGGGGUAUAAACUCACGUCCCUGGGUGUCAUUAAUUCGCAAGUUCCUGGUUAUCUGAUACCCCAGUGGUGGUUCGAGACCCAAGACUCCCGAAUUGUGUGUGACACCGACACUCGGGACGAGAAGGGCUCUGACCACGCUCUCGAGGACGCAUUUACGGUCAAGAGUACAUGUUUUGGAAAAGACGUAACCUGGCGAAAAGCCAGUCCCAAGCGUCAUGCCAGUGCUACAAACUUUACUCGGGUCUUCUUCCACCCCUUUAUCGCACUGUCACACCCGAAACAUACUUCUGAGACCUCUUUGGUAACAAACAGGGAGCUGUACACAUCUUUUCUGUCACCUUGCCACGAUUCCUGUAUGGGUCGGCCGCAGGACAUCGACUUUGCCGUUCCACCCGAGUACCUCAUCCGGCACUUUGUAGCCGAUCGUCUGCCCGACCCGCCUCUGGAUCAACUGUCGGAAGAGAUUCUUUUCUGGCUUUUCUACAACUGCUGUCGUGAAGAGGUGCAACUCGUCGCUGCCAAAGAGUUAUAUCGGAGAGAGUGGCGUUUCCACAAGAAACAACAGGUCUGGCUGACCCGCGUCGUUGGUGCCGAGUUCUCUACUGAUAGUACGUCUGAGCAGGGCAUCUACCACUACUGGGACUUCGUUACUGCUGAAAAGAUAACCAAGAAGAUGCACAUCCAGUACGAUGACCUCGACAACACACCCGAGACCUUCCGGUUAAGUUCGAACACGCUGAGUGCCAGUGUAGGUCUCAUGUCUCCGCCGUCUGGCAUGCAUCCGGCGGGUGGUGGUGUGCCCCUUGGCUCUGGACCCGGCCAGUCCAUAACGGGCAGUCAUGUACAAUCACCUCUGGUUUAUUCGCAACAACAUCAGGCCCAGGUUCUACUGUCAGGGCACACAUCAGGUGCCGGUAGCAACGGCACUUCAAUGCCUAUCGGACCUUUCAACUCUGCCCAAUUUCCAUCGCCUUCCCUGCUGUCAACCGUAACCGGCAGCGGUCCCAACGCCAGUGGUGUUUGUCGGCCUGGUGGUGGUGCUGGUGGCAUUGGAAACGGUGGCGGGCAAAAUACAAGGAGCCUUGCUUCCUCUUUUACAAACACCAAAGCGGUUCCUUCUCAAGAACGACAGCAGCAGUCCCUUCGUUCCCUUGCCUACCAGGAGAUGAUUGUGACAACAAUCCCCACCGCCCCCGUCACUACUAACCACCUCUUUAAAGUGAUGCAUUUAACUCGCUAG